AUGUCUCUGCUUGUUGAGAAGACCGGUUCUGGCCGAGAGUACAAGGUCAAGGAUAUGUCUCAGGUGGACUUCGUCCAUUUGGAGAUCGACCCUCCCGAGUUUGAGAUGCCAGGGCUCAUGUCCUACAGGACUAAGUUCGGACCCCAGCAGCCAUCCAAGGGUGCUAAGGUCACUGGCUCACUCUACAUGACCAUCCAGACUGUCGUCCUUAUCGAGACCCUCACCACCCUUGGUGCCGAGGUUCGCUGGUUCUCCUGCGAUACCUUUUCCACCCAGGACCACGCCGCAGCUGCCAUUGCCCGUGAUAGCGCCGUCGUCUUCGCCUGGAAGGGCGAGACCCUCCAGGAGUACUGGUGGUGCAUGGAGCAGGCCCUCGACUGGAGUCCCGGUGGCAGCCUUGAUCUUGUCGUGGAUGAUGGCGACGACGCUACCUUGUUGAUCCACGAGAGAGUCAAGACUGAGGAGGAGUACGCCAAGAGCGGCAAGUUACCGGACCCCUCCUUCACCUUUCUCUCUCUACACCACACCAUGCACCUCAAGCCUUCUCGUCUUAGCAUGGCCACCUCUUGCCCAUAUCCCGACCACCCUCUUCUAUUCCCUAGCGUUCAGAGAUGA